GUUCUUGAAUAUGGCUCCAAACCCACAAUCAUCCUCUCAUGACCACACGUUUGGCCAAACCCACAGCAUCCACGCCAGAGUCCGCCUUGCUGUCAAAACCGACGUGCCACACCUCCACAAACUCAUGCAACAAAUGGCCUCGUACCAUGACUACACUAAGGUUUUUACGUCAACCGAAACCUCAAUCUCCACUAACCUCUUCGACUCCAACCCUUGUCCUCCUUUCUACUCUGCCACAGCGCUCAUUCUUGAGGUCUCCCCUAACUCUUUCCCGCCCGCCGUCCUCCCUGCGGGCCCCGCCGGUUUCGACCCGGUUUACAAGACACUGCCUCUUGGCUCUGCCGUGGCAGACCCAGAAUCAGAAACCUAUGAAUCGCCGCAGGAAGGUGAUAAUAACGUUGUUGUUGUUGCUGGUUAUAUUCUUUUUUAUCCUAGCUACUCGGGGUACUUCGAAAAGCCCAGCAUCUUCCUGGAGAACUUGUACGUGAGAGAGUGUUAUAGGGAGUUUGGGCUUGGGAAAAUGCUGCUGUCGGCCAUGGCAGCCAGGGCUGCAACGCUGGGGUUUUCGACUGUGGAUUGGUUGGUGGUGGGAUGUAAUGUGAAGGCGAUUGAGUUUUACGUGGGAAUGGGGGGUCAAAUCAUGCAAGAUGUUAAGCGGUUUAGGCUGUCUGGUGAAGGGCUUAAAGCAUUUGCCAAAGAGCAAGAUGAACAAUAAAAUCAUCCAUGCAAGUAUUUAACAAAAAUACAUCCAUCUAUUUUAGAGGUGGCUGAAUUGGUGAAGCAUUAUGAUUCUCAUUUUAAAAAUUACAAGUCUGAGUCGUGUCAAUAUUGUCUUGAUCUCGUUCGUGGCGUGGAGCCUUAGUGUAAAGAUUAUCUGAUAGUAGUUGCAAGUUCCCCACCCUACAAAUAUCUAUUUUGCUAUUUGAUUUGUCUUUUAUUAUUGUACCCAUUACACAGAUAUGUGUGUUUAUAUACUUGAAUGUAUGCAUAUAUUACGCACA